CGAAAUUGCCGGCUAUCUGUAGCACAUUCCCUACACGUCCGAUUCGUGUAUGCUAUUAUUAGUUACAUAUAAAACUUAGCCUCGCGCAACAACAUUCAAUCAGUUCGUUUUUGUCAAGUGCACACUGCAAAUGCAAUUAAUCCGCGCGAUGAAACUGUUGGUGUGUUUCGCUUUCCUUGCCGUGUUAACCGUCAAGGUCAGCGACGCAAAGCUUGGAUUUCAUGAACGCACACAGCAGCGCAUUAUUGCCGAUGUUGAUCCUGGUAUAGACGACAUCGAAGCUUUAAUUUUUCUGAUCAACGCUGAUCAAGAAGGUCUUCUUAAAUUGGAAGCCAUUGUGGUUACAGAGGGUAACACUGGCUACAACAGUGGUAUUCGGAAUGUCUUUUUAUUACUAAAGGUUCUCAAUCGUUUAGAUAUCCCUGUUUAUUUAGGUAGUAAACAAGCACUUCUUCAACAUGAUACACCAAUGGGUGGUUAUUAUGGAGCUGAUGGUCUUGGAGAUCUCACGUGGAACUCUUCCAUACCCGUGGACCUACUCAAGUCUGAACGAGCAUUCGAAGCCAUUCAGAAACUGGUCAAGAAAUACCCGAAUGAAGUUACCUACAUGAGUAUGGGUCCUUUAACCACUUUGGGUAUGACCAUCUGGCAAUAUCCGGAAGUAGCUGAUAAUCUAAAACAAGUUUAUGCUAUGGGAGGCUUGGAAUACUUAGAGGCUGGAGAAUUUAACGUUGCGUUUGAUCCAGAAUCUGUGGAUAUUGUUUUUAGGAGUUUAAAGUCAAAAAUGUUAUUAGUCACAUGGCAAGCAGGAACCAUCAAUACCCCGAAAACAAAUUGGUACAAAAACAUUACAGAUGUUUCUAAUCCAGCUUGGAAUUUUAUGACUCGUGUCCAAGAUCAGAUAAACACAAAUCUCUUCGGAGAGGAUUUGUCUAAUGCCACGUGGGAACAUUGUGAUCCAAUUGUUCCGGGUGUAUUUUUGAAUCCUAAAUUAAUCAUAGAAAAUUUCAUUAGUCCAUUGAAAAUUGAGGUUGGACGAGUACCGUCUAGGGGAGUGGUGACCAACUCAACUCUCCCGACAGUACCAGUGAAUGUUAUUCUAGAAAUUGACUACGAAACAUUUUUGGUUGAUUACGUAAAUGUGUUCAAAAAUGUUUGCAAAUCAAAACAUUGUAAAGAUGUUGAUUAACAAAUUAUUUUCUUCUGGUAUGAUCUCAAUUUUAUUGAAAUGAGAAAUGAUAUUAACACAUAUAAGCGCCAUCUUUGUUUAAAUUAUAUAGCUGUAACAAUGA